AGCCGUUUUGGCUCAAGGCCUCUGCAGGUGCGCGCCCCGCCCCCCUUCGCGCGGCAGACCGCCCGAUGGCGCUCCCCACCCGGGUCGCCGCGGCCAUGGCGCUCGUCCUGGCGGCGGCCGGGGCGGCGCCCCCCCCCGAGGGCUGCGCCGCGGCGGCCGAGGAGAGCGACGGGGUGGGGCUGCUGCAGGCGGCGGGCCGCAGCGCGCAGGCGCGGAGCCGCUCCGACACGCCGAGCGGGGGGUGGGUUCCCCGGAUUGCGAGGUGCGGCAUCGUGGACGUGAAGUGCGGGACGGGCUGCUGCUCGGUGACCAGCACGUGCACCUCGGACCAGAAGUGCAAGCCGCUGUUCGGCGACGUCGUGGAGCCCACCCCGGGCAAGGUCGGGUGCCCGAUCGCCUUCAAAGACUUCGGCGACGGCGGCUGCUGUCCUGUAGCCACGCUCCUGGGCCCGCCAGAGACGUGCGUGGGGCUGACGUGCGAGAACAUCCUGCAAUACAACUGCAACAUCACCUCGGGCGGUUCGCCGACCUGCACGGAGGGCGGUGAGUGGCCCGCGGGCGCGUCGACUGGCAUAACGAUCAGUGGCAAGACAGCGACGCCGACUGUCUCACAGACUUGCACGCUCGACGGGAAGAGCUGCUACAAGUACUCGGUGAACGCUGGAGGCAUCAAGAUAUCGGACGGCAUUUCCAGUCCAGAUUGUAAUUAUUGAUGGGGGCGAUGAUCAUGCAGUCCCUUUUUGUUUGGAAGCCCCCGAGGCACUGAGUCAGCCGCCGGUGCCAGAGCGCGCGUCCCCCUUGGGACUCCUCUCCCUUUCUCCCUCCUGCCUUCUUUCUCCUGUUCACACCUCCGCUCCUCCCCUUGCUCCCGCACGGGCGCCGCGCUCCGGCACGGGUGGGCUGGCGCCGCCGGCCGCUUUUGACGGCGCUCCAGGCGCGAGAGGCGAAAAAAAAAAAUAUGGACCUUGCGAGUUAUGCGAAUUAGGGACCGCAGUUGGCGCGCGAGCCGGUC